CUCAUCUUUGGGAGGACCGUCACCGCAAGGAAUAUUUUUGUUUCCAUGGUAAUAAGACCUGGAAAGCCUGCAGUCCCGGUGGAGAUGAAGCUGGUCAUGUGGUAAAACAAGAUGGCGUCUCUAAACCUGAUGGAUACAGUAAGAUCAGUGUACUUGUACAAGGUCUCGUGAAGGACGUGAGGCUGGGAAGUUAUCAAUGUGUUUGCGGUGAGAGGCUUUGUCCAUACCAUCGGAAUCGCAGCAAUAAAAUGGCUCUAACAGUGUUUGAUAACGAUGAAUAUAGACCACCUGUGUGGAAGUCUUACUUGUACCAGUUGCAGCAAGAGGCACCGCAUCCCAGGCGGGUCACGUGCACCUGUGAGGUGGAAAACAGGCCCAAAUACUAUGGAAGAGAGUACCAUGGCAUGAUUUCAAGGGAAGAGGCUGAUCAGCUGCUAAGUGUUGCAGAAGGAUGUUAUCUCAUUCGUGAAAGCCAGAGGCAGCCUGGGACCUACACAUUAGCCUUACGAUUUGGAAACCAAACAAGAAAUUUCCGCCUCUACUAUGAUGGGAAACACUUCGUGGGGGAAAAACGCUUCGAGUCCAUUCACGACCUGGUGACCGAUGGACUGAUCACCCUGUAUAUUGAAACCAAGGCAGCAGAGUACAUCGCAAAGAUGACAAUCAACCCGAUCUACGAGCACAUAGGGUACACCACACUCAACCGCGAGCCUGCACACAAGAAGCAUGUGCCUGCCCUCAAAGACGCCCCCGACGGGAAAGAGCCAGUGGGAGAAGAUGGAAACCUGGAAGAGAGGCUCACUUCACUGGUCCGAAGAGCCACCCUGAAGGAGAACGACCGGACCCCCAGAUAUGAAAAGGUCCAUAAUUUUAAGGUCCAUACAUUCCGAGGACCACACUGGUGUGAAUACUGUGCUAACUUCAUGUGGGGUCUGAUUGCUCAGGGAGUAAAAUGUGCAGACUGCGGUUUAAAUGUCCACAAGCAGUGCUCCAAGGUGGUUCCCAAUGACUGCAAGCCAGACCUGAAGCACGUGAAAAAAGUCUACAGCUGCGAUCUCACAACGCUGGUGAAAGCCCACAAUACCAAGAGGCCCAUGGUGGUGGACAUGUGCAUACGGGAGAUAGAAUCAAGAGGUCUGAAGUCCGAAGGCCUGUACAGAGUAUCAGGAUUCAGUGAUUUAAUUGAAGAUGUCAAGCUGGCAUUUGACAGAGAUGGUGAAAAGGCAGACAUUUCCGUGAAUGUGUAUGAAGAUAUCAAUAUUAUCACUGGUGCACUUAAACUGUACUUCAGGGAUUUGCCCAUUCCUGUGAUCACAUAUGAUGCCUACCCCAGGUUCAUUGAGGCUGCAAAGCUCACAGACCCUGAUGAACAGUUAGAGGCGCUGCAUGAAGCGCUGAAGCUGUUACCACCUGCACACUGUGAAACGCUGAGGUAUCUCAUGGCACACUUGAAGAGGGUGACCGUAAAUGAAAAAGACAAUCUGAUGAACGCGGAGAACCUGGGGAUCGUGUUUGGGCCCACCCUCAUGCGGGCCCCUGACCUGGAUGCCAUGGCUGCUCUUAACGACAUCCGCUAUCAGCGGCAGGUGGUCGAGACGCUGAUCAAGAAUGAAGACAUCUUGUUCUGAGAUGGCAGCAGCUGAACACUACGGAUGAAGGAAUCGGGUUUUGAUUAACUCAGCUUUGAGCCUGACUUGUUAAGUCUUUUGUUUUUGCAGAGACUUGAAUACGAAGAAACCUUUUUACGACAGUAAUUUUUUUCACGCCAAUGGAUCUGUAUAAAAUAUACCUUUUGCUUCCCCUUUU